UUUUACUCGCUACUUUGCGGUUGGGACCUAAACUAGCAUCACCUAGCGUCAGGAAGACAUCUCGCUUCACGAACCAAAUCUUCUGGAUGAUCACGUGCCUUGUAUUCCCCAUAUGACUUCACUACCAUUAUUAAAUAUUUUUUUUCUUCCAUUAAAACGCAAUUCGGUCGCAUAUAUUUAGCUCAAACGGUCUACCUUGCUUAGAGCCUUCGUAACAAAUUUUUUUCCCCGCAUUCAAGCACUUUUUAUGUAAAAAGAAUCAAUUUUUGUAAGUUCGCCCUAUACAAUCCCGUGUAUUCUCGGGAGUUACGAACAUUUAACCUCAAACCCAUGGCCAGGUAUGAUUAGAUGGUUAGUUGCAUUUAAUUUCGUGCAAGAUCGCUGAAUAUUUUCUAUUGCUGUUAAAGAUUUUGAUUCUGAUACUUUGCCCAGUCAUAGUCAAAAUGGGGAAAGGCUUCAACAAUUACAUGUGUAAAAAGUUCUUCCAUCCUGCCUCCCGAGAAAACCUGAAAAGGGUUUGGAUGGCAGAACAAAAAGCUGAUGCCUAUAAGAAGAAGCAGGAGGAGCUACGUGUUCAGUAUGAAAAAGAACAGGAUCUAUACAACAACAAAGCUAUGUUAUCCAAGGAGAGCAAAGACAAAUUGAGUGUCAAUUUCAUGUAUGAACCUCCCCCUGGUGCAAAGAAGGAGCGUGAAAAAGAAGAUGAUGAACCUGAAUUUAGAUUUGAAUGGCAGAGAAAAUUCAAUGCCCCCAGAGAGGACUAUUGUAAAGGAGAUUCUGAAAUCAGAGAUCAGCCCUUCGGAAUUCAAGUGAGGAACGUACGAUGCAUCAAGUGUCACAAGUGGGGACACAUCAACACUGACAAAGAGUGUCCAUUAUUCAAUCAAACUGCAGGAACAUCAGAAGAAAAAGAGGAAGCUUUAGAUGAGUCGACGCUCCUGCGACACCUCAAAGAAGACGGAUUUGCAAUGAAAAAGAGUGCCUUGUCAGCACAACAACAUAUCCAAAUUCCAGAACAUUUUCAAAAGGAUAUGCUAUGUAGCGAUGGGGAAAUGGAUGGAAUGGAUUCUCUGAAUGAUGCUGACCUUAACUUUUUAAAAUCUUUAUCGCCAAGGCAAAAAUUUAAAUUAUUGAAGAAAUUGGUGAAACUGGAAAAGAAGAAUGCUAAGAAGAAGAAAUCAAAAAGAUAACUUUUUUAAUUUCUUAAAUAUGUUACAUCCAUUGUAGGUUGAUACGUCUGAAUGGGUUUGCUGAGGACUAGAACAUGUAAGGACAGUUUUCAGAUGAUCCAAACAUCACAGGUGAAUUGAAAGUGGAGAAACCAUGCUGUUCACUACUGGAGUAGAUGAUGUCCAUCACUUGGUUCUUUAAACGGAAUUUAGGGUUAAAAUCUAAGUUGAUUUUGGCACUUAGAAAUUGCCCAGAAUUUUAACGAUUUCGUUAUGUUUUACUGAUCUACGAUUUUCAACCCCUGAAACGUAUUGGGAUCUGAGUCUGUCCAUUUUGAUUUACUAAGAAUGAAAAUUGAAUACCUCAGAAUUAAUGCUUCUUGUGUGAAUGAUUUGAGAUCGCACUGAAAGACUGCUGAGAGUUAAGAUUAACAACUAUGUAGAAAUUUGCUGGAUCUGUAUGUCCCCCUGUCUCUGUUCAUUGUAUUUGAGGGGCUUGGAGGACAAGGUGCAUUAAGUGCAGCUUUUGCUACUUCAAGAAAUAUUUGUUUAAAGUUUCAAAAUUACAUGGAACCUUAUGGCAGAAAGGAAGAUUAAACUCACUUUUUAAUGCUUUAAAGUUGGAUUUUAGUUGUGAUUUUUUCAAAGAAUAUAUGUGCAUACUUACAAACUAGUUUUAGCUAAGUUUAUGGAUACAUCAAUUUUUUUAAACAACUGCCUUUGUGCGCCUUGUCCUCCAAACUCCUCUUUUAAUCUUUAGCAUUUUUUCUAAGAGCAAAUUUUUUUGUGAUUUCUGUAUUCUAUCGAUUUAGAAUGUUGAAAAAUAAACAAUAAAUUACUGUUGUUGAUUCAGAAAA